AGAAAAUAGAUUAUACGAGUUGAAGUAAGUGAGAAACGAGUGGUGCAAUAAGAAAUGCAAGUAUCUAACAUUUUGGGAAAAAGAUCGGGCUUGCUAGGAAAGCGGUGCUUGAGUUCACUUUACGACCAGUACCAAAAGGAAGCACUCUCAAACCCGACUGGAUUCUGGGGCAAACAUGCUGAGAAUUUAGUGUGGGACAAAAAGUGGGACAAAGUCGUGGACACUUCCAAUCCUCCUUUUACUAAAUGGUUUAGCGGAGGGUGGAUGAACAUGUGCUACAACUGUGUUGACCGGCACGUGGACUCUGGUAAUGGUGAGAAGAGUGCUCUUAUCUGGGACUCACCCGUUACUAACUCACCUAUUCGCCACAUGUCUUAUAACGAACUUCAAGAUAAGGUGAGCAAGUUAGCUCGGUGCUUGGUUAAGAUGGGUGUGGAGCCUGGUGACAGAGUUCUUAUCUACAUGCCCAUGAUUCUGGAGGGCGCGGUAGCAAUGUUGGCGUGUGCACGUAUCGGCGCGAUACAUAACGUUGUGUUUGGCGGGUUUGCCUCAAAAGAGCUCUCCGUCCGUAUUGAUGCCUCCAAACCCCGCGUAAUAAUAGCAGGAAGUAAUGGGGUGAUGCCCGGCAAAACUGUGCAGUUCCAACCAAUCAUCGAUAAAGCAAUGGAGAUGUCAACUUUCAAACCUCAGUACACCAUUUACAAGAACAGGUCGAUUGAGACCAGUGCAGUUGUGAACGGUAAAACAGUGCUAGAUUUUGAUGAGUUACUGGAUAGUGUCAGUACAGGUCAUGACUGUGUCUCACUUCCUGCUGAUCACCCCCUUUAUCUGCUCUACACCUCCGGCACUACGGGCACUCCCAAGGCAGUGCAGAGAAACGCGGCGGACUACGCAACUGUUCUACUCUACACAAUGAAGAACGAAUUCGAUUUGAACCCUGAUGAGGUGUGGUUCUCUGCUACUGACUAUGGGUGGGUGGUAGGCCACUCUUACUGCGUUUACGCUCCUCUGCUCUCCCGCAACCCUUCUAUUAUAUUCGAGGGAAAACCAGUGGGAACGCCAGACGCUUCCACCAUACACAGGAUACUAUCAGAGCAUGACGUGCGAAGUGCGUUUGCGUCUCCAUCAAUCAUGAGGAUACUGUGUAGAGAGGAACCAGAGGGAACAGCUGGAGAUGCCUACCCUAGACCUAAUUUUGGUACAAUGUUUCUGGCGGGGGAGAGGUGUGAUAUUGGAACGUUACUCUGGGUUAGAGACACUCUGAAACUCAACCCUGUAGAUCACUACUGGCAAACAGAGUCCGGUACCCCUAUUCUAAUGCCACCUGUCGCGCUGGGAGAGAAGGUGGACUGUAACGGGUCCGCUGGUAAAUCCUCAGUUGGAAACAACAUUCUUAUUGUAGAUGAUCAGGGAAACGUGCUCCCUGAUGGGGAGUUUGGACAAAUAGUCGCCAAGCUUCCCCUCAGACCGGGCUUCUUCCCUACCCUCUUUCAGAACGACUCUGCUUAUGCUGAGAAGUACUUUACCGACUUUCCGGGCUACUACAACACAUUUGACGCGGGAUACAGGGACAGUGAGGGCAACGUGUUCGUCAUGGCUCGCACUGAUGAUAUUAUCAAUGUUGGAGCAGUCAGGUUAUCAACGGGAGCUGUUGAAGAGGCAAUUGCGCACCACGAGCUGAUAUCAGAAUGUGCGGUGGUCGGACAAGACGACCCCCUUAUGGGGGAGAGGCCUCUUGGUUUUGUUGUCAUGACACCUGGUUCAGAGCUUACUUCAGAGAUAACAAAGGAGGUAAUAAAACUUGUCAGGGAUCACAUCGGCCCGCAUACUGGUCUGCAGGAAUUAUUGCAGGUUGAACGAUUACCGAAGACAAUCUCACAGAAGAUCCUACGUAAUAUGAUGGUAGCGAUAGUGAACAACAAGCCUUACAAAGUUUCCCCUACUAUUGAUGAUCCGACUGUUGUUGGUGAGAUUGUAGAGUGUGUUGAAUCUUGGAGGGAAGGGCUCAGUAAUUAGUGUGCAUGAUCCGACUGUUGUUGGUGAGAUUGUAGAGUGUGUUGAAUCUUGGAGGGAAGGGGUCAGUAAUUACUAAUUAGUGUGCAGAUAAGAUAAGACGGGAGUGCCCUGUUUUCAGAAGCACAAUGAAGAAUCACUCCAUUGCACAAUGUAUUUUAACAUUUAUUACUUUAACUGAUUCAGUAUGAGAUUAAGAUAGUGGGAAUAUGAAAGUCAAUUUUAUCAGAUUUAAAUAUUUUUGUUAAGUAAUAUAAUUUAAUAGUAAAUUAGGUGUCCUUACACGAGCUUGAGAAACUAAAAAUAUCGAUAGUUCUACUUGCCAGUUCUUAACCUGAUUUUUAAGUUGAUUAGAUUAAAUAAUGAUGAGUAUAUAUACUUAUAUACAACUUAUAUAAAACUAAAGUUUUAUCUUAUUAGUGGUGUUAUUAAAUUACAAUUUAUCAUGACAACAGUUUCUCUGUCCGGUCCUAUAACAGGCCACUUUUCUGGUUGUACUUUUUAGUGUUAGGUAUGUUUUAAUCUCAGAUUUAAAUCGUUUCCAGAUAAACUUACAGAAGAAUUUUACAGUUAUUUCGUUUAUAUUUGCACUCAUUGUGGUUUGUGUUAAACCCUUUUCUUACAAGUUACGAUUAAAAUGCUUUGUAUUGUUUGAGGCAAUUUAACAGAUGACGUCCCCUCUUUACUGUAUUUUCAGACCUCAUCCGCUGAAAUCUU